AUGUCAAUACAAUCAAAAUUACAAUUAGAAAAAUACCAAUAUGGUACUCAUGUUCUGUUAGGACGCCAGUUCUAUGGAAUGUCUGGGAAAAAACUUUAUUUUGGUCAAUGGACAUUCAAAGAUCCAGACCCAAUAAUAAUCGUUGAAAUGAAUGAAGAAAUAACCGAACGUGAAGCUUCUUUUUAUCGAGACUUGAAUGGUCACAAUAAUAUUAUUCGUACAUUUGGCUAUGUAGAAAAUAUUUUAAAUUCAACAAUAUUUGUACAAGAAUAUGCACAACAAGGUGAUUUAGCUAAUUGGUUAAUGGAUAAUCAAACAGAUUUAUCUUCAACGUUAUCAAUUGAAAUAUUUUGUCAAGUGGCUGAUGCAAUGAGUUAUGUUGCAAGUAAAUCAAUUGUACAUGGUGAUUUAGGUUGUCGAAAUAUUCUUGUUUAUAGAAUAGAUUCAUCGAAACCUGAAAAUACUUUAGUUAAAAUAACUGAUUUUGGUCUUGCACGUUCUAUUGAUCAUCCACCUGUUAAUAAUAAUUCUUCCAUUGUUCCAAUACGAUUUUGUGCACCAGAAAUUCUUGAAAAUAAUGUUCAUACAAAUUAUUCUGAAAAAUCCGAUGUUUAUUCAAUGGGUGUUUUAAUGUGGGAAGCUUUAUCAAAUGGUGAAAUGCCUUUUUCAUCAAUUUUUUCCGAUGAUACUGUUAAACGAAUGAAAUUAAAUAAUGAAAGAUUAAGUCAACCAUUGAAUUGUGAUCGACAAAUUUGGAUUUUAAUGGAAAAAUGUUGGUCAUUUAAUCCAAAACAAAGAUUUAAUUUUGAACAAAUUAAAGAUGAAUUAUCUGAAAUAAAAAUUUGUGAACCAUCCAAUAUUCAACAAUCUAUUUUAACAUAUCAAUCAUCACCAAUAUCUUAUGAUUUUACACUUAAUAUUGAUGUUGCAAUGAAUAAAUCAUUAGAUGGAAGUUAUGGUAAAGUUUAUGAAGGACAAUGGCUAUUAAAACAAGAACGACCCAUUGUUUUAAUUAAAAUAGAUAAGCAAAUAACAGAAUAUGAAUAUUUAUUUUAUACAGAAUUUAAAUCUCAUCCUCAUAUUAUUCAUACAUUUGGUUUUGUUGAAAAUGAUCUUCAAUCAAUAUUAUUAUUACAAGAACGUGCUCCAUAUGGUAAUCUUCAAGUAUUAAUAGAAAAUCAUCAAUUUCAACCAUCAACAAAAGUACUUAUGGAAAUUUUCUUACAAAUUAUUGAUGCAAUGAUUUAUAUAACUCAACAAAAUAUUAUACAUGGUGAUUUAUGUUGUUCUAAUGUUCUUGUUUUUGAAAUGAAUGAAUCAAAACCAAAUGAAAAUUUAGUUAAAUUAACAAAUUUUACUUCAGCACAUGAAAACAAUCCAUCCGCUGAGAAACAUAAACGAUCAAAAAUUCCUAUACGAUAUUGUGCACUAGAAAUUCUUCGAAGUGCAGGUCGGUCAAACUAUUCCGAAUUAUCUGAUGUUUAUUCAAUGGGUGUACUGAUGUGGCAAACUUGUUCUAAUGGACAACUUCCUUAUUAUACUUCAACAUUAAAUAGUGAAGUUCGACAAAGAAAAUUAAAUGGUGAAAAAUUAAUCAAACCAUUGGUUUGUAAUAAUCAAAUUUGGUCUAUUAUGGAAGAUUGUUGGCAUAAUGAACCACAAUUACGAUUUAAUUUUGAAGAUAUGAAAAUUCGACUUUCUCAAGUUAAUCUUAAAUCAGAAAAAACUUUUCAAUAUAAAAUGAAUGUUAAUGUUAAAAUGGGCAAUCAACUUUAUGAUAAAUUCGGAAAGAAAUUCUAUGAAGGAGAAUUCAUACCGAACAAUGAUAAAUCAAUUAUUCUUGUUGUCAUGAACGAAGAAACAGCUAGACAAGAAGUUCCAUUUUAUUUGCAAUUAAAUUCUCAUUCACAUAUUGUACAUACAUUUGGUUUAGUUAAAUAUGAUCCUCGAUCAACUACACUUGUACAAGAACGUACUCAUUAUGGUAAUCUUCAAGCAGUCUUGUGCAGUCAUCAAUUUCGACCGUCAGAAAAUGUUUUAAUCAAAAUUUUCUUACAAAUUAUUGAUGCAAUGAUUUAUAUUGUUAAUCAAAAUAUUAUUCAUGGUGAUUUAUGUUGUUCAAAUAUUCUUGUUUUUCAAAUGAAUUCAUUCAAACCAGAAGAGAAUUUGGUUAAAUUAACAAAUUUUAAUUUAACACGUAUGAAUGAUCCAUCAUUUAUCGGUAAAAAACAAACAAUUUUUCCAAUACGAUAUUGUGCACCAGAAAUUCUUCGAAAUGAAAAUCAAUCAAAUUAUUCUGAACUAUCAGAUGUUUAUUCAAUGGGUGUUUUAAUGUGGGAAGCGUAUUCAAAAGGAUCUAUUCCUUUUCAAUCAUAUAUAAAUGAUGAUGAUAUUAGACAAUGUAGAUUAAAUAAUGAAAAAUUAUCAAAACCAAAUGAAUGUUCACAAAAAGUAUGGAAUAUUAUUCAUGAUUGUUGGUAUCUAGAGCCAGAACUUCGAUACAAUUUUACAGACAUGCAAUAUCGAAUUUCUAAUGCUCAGAUCAUGUAA